UUUUCACCAGCUAUUCUUCUCCAUGUCCACACCGCCGCUCCGCCGCCGCUUCACCACCCAAUCCAGCCACCUAGCCGGCCAAGUGCUGGCGGCGAUAAUCCAAAACAAACCCUUCAUCACUCCCCCUUCACCCCACCACCACAAUUGGACUUCAGAAACAGUGAUUCAAGUUCUAAGAUCAAUCCCAUUACACCUCUUCCAAUCCCCAAGAUCAAUCGGCCGCCAAAACACCUUCCGCCACCGCUCCCCUCUCCGGCAAAGAAACCUCCGGCAAGAAACAAUCAAAUUCCAAAAAGGGGCUCUCGUUCUCGGCCCAGCAGCUCACAGAGACCCAAAAAGAUUGAAUCUUGGCCUCGAAAAAGCACUCGAUUUCUACUAUUGGGUGGAGACCUAUUUUGGGUUUCAACACGAUGAGCGAACUUGCAGGGAAAUGGCUCUCGUUUUGGCGAAAGGUAAUCGAAUGAAUUUACUUUGGGAUUUCUUGAAAAACAUGUCGGGGAGGUAUAAAAGUUUCAAUCUUGUUACCACUGUGACCAUGACUUGCUUAAUCAAGGCUUUGGGAGAGGAGGGUUUGGUGAAUGAGGCAAUGUCUGCGUUUUAUCGAAUGAAGCAGUUUCAUUGCAAGCCUGAUGUUUGUGCUUACAACAACGCGAUUUAUGCACUUUGUAGAGUAGGUUUUUUCAAGAAAGCUAGGUUCUUGCUGGGGCAAAUGGAGCUCCCGGGGUUUAGAUGCCCGCCCGAUGUGUUUACUUACACGAUUUUGAUUAGUUCGUAUUGUAGGUAUGCGAUGGAGACUGGUUCUAGGAAGGCCAUUAGGAGGCGGGUGUGGGAGGCGAAUCACUUGUUUAGGUUGAUGAUCUUUAAGGGCUUUGUGCCGGAUGUGGUGACGUAUAACUGCUUGAUUAAUGGCUGUUGCAAGACGAAUAGGAUAGGGAGGGCGUUGGAGUUGUUUGAGGAUAUGGAGGAAAGGGGGUGUGUGCCUAAUCGGGUUACUUAUAACUCGUUCAUUAGGUACUAUAGCGCGGUGAAUGAGGUUGAUAGGGGUAUCGAGAUGUUGAGGAGGAUGCAGGGGAGGGGUCACGGUGGUCGAAGCUCGAGUUCUUAUACGCCCAUUAUUCACACGCUUAGUGAGGUGGGGAGGUUGGGGGAGGCAGUGGAGUUUCUGGUGGAGUUGGUGGAGGGGGGAUCUGUUCCGAGGGAAUAUACUUAUAGAUUAGUUUGUGAUGCGUUGGAUUCAGCCGGGAAGAUAAAUUUGUUGGAUGAGAAAGUGCGUAGAUGCAUUGAGGGUGGGAUUGGAAACCGGAUUAGACAAGCAAUGAAGGUGAAACCGAGUAUGAGAGUAGACAAGAACUUGGGGAGUAAGUCGACUUCCACGGAAGAUGCUGAGGAGUGGAGUUAGUUAAGGGGAGAUCAGUUCCGAGAGAGUAUGGUUAUCCGGGUAUAUGGAUUUGGUGCGUUGAGAGUGGGAUUGAAAGCUGGAUUUGACAAGCAAUGAAGGUAAAACCGAGUAUGAGAGUAGACGAGAACUUGGGGACUAAGUCGACUUCCAUCGAAGAUGGCGAGGAGCGGAGUUAGUGGCUAUGCCAUUCGCGAUUCACCCCACUGUAUGUUCUUCACUGAAGUUGGUUAGUGUGGGUGAAAAUUGGAAAGAGUUCUCCAAGUCUAAGGGCAUCCGCAACUAAGCGCAGAGGGCGUCCUUAGGCUAAGCACGCGGCACCCACGCACCAUAUGCAUGCUUGAGCGAGCUCUUAUGUCGGCCAAUGGGUGCGCCGACACGUUGCUACCCAAACGGCUAUUUUUUUAUUUUUUCUUUUUUUCCCUUUUUUCCAUAUAUAUACACUCACCCUCGAUGACGAAUAGGAUUACUAUUUACUA